GCCAGUUCUUAAUCAUCGCGCCACUCGGCCGGCCCUGUGUUACAAUUUUUUAAAGUCUAUAUUUUAUCUCUUACAGGUUCAGUUUUUAUGGUGAUUUAUUAUUAAUUUUUUUCUAAAGAACGGAGAUAAUUGUGGGGGUAGAGGAGAGAGAAAAUUGGAAGUAUUAAAAGCCCCCUCACUAUGCUUUUCUUUCUACUCUUGAUAUAUGUCAAAAUUUUUACAGUUUUUCAUUUGAAUAUGCUAUGUUUGAUGUCAAUGGAUAUUAGCAUGAUUUUCCAACCAAGAAUUUUCACUCUGAAGUGUCCCAGGUAGACUCAGGCAUAUGAAUCAUGUGUCUAAAAAGGAAACUCAAAAAAGUAUGUAUGCAUGCUAGGGGGCUCAUUUGUCUUUGGCAAAGACAUUGCAGCUCCUGUUUCCUUAAUUAUUAAACAGAUGGUGCUCCCUGCCAUUGACUGGCUGCCCAACAUGUUCUCCAUGUGGUAGCACAGUUCUAGACAUCUGAUGGGAGAAGUGGUAUCAUCACAGCCCCUGCCUGAUACCCAUUUAUGUCAUAAUAUUAAUAUUAAUACCUGCCUUUAACUAGAGCAGGCUGCUACCCAUGCAGCUAAAUUUAAGAUUAAGCCAUCUUCUCCUCUACUGCCAUGAAUUAAUGUUAUCUCAAGUAUCUCCUUUGGCUUUUCUUUAUAUUGCUUCAUCGCGACCUACAAAAUACAGUGGCAUAUUGAACUAAUUGUUCAAAUACUGGAGUACAGGCUAUAAACAUACUUUAACCUGGAAGGUCAAGAUAAUGAAGACAAAAUUGGAUAAUUAUUGAUAUUGUUAUUACUUAGGGCAAGUGACAUCUCAGGUAGUCAUAUUAAAAAUGAAUACGAGUGGACUGUCAUAUUGUUCUAAGUGUUAAAAGAAACUAGCCCGACAUUGAUAGAUUUUUAAAAGUCCAUUGAACAGAUACUCAAUUAUUUUUCAUAAUCUGCCAAAAAAGUUAGUUUUACAUUUUCCUUUCGUUUCUCAAAUACUAUAUUACUACAGUUACAUGAACAGUGUACCCUGUAAACAUUAUUAACAAGGGUCCCAGUUUUUUUCUCAUAAAUUCUCUUCAUGGUAGACAUAGUAUUUCACAACCAUGGACAGUCUUCUAAGAUCGUUUCUAGUGGUAACCUACCGGUUCUCUCCUUUCCCUUGACAUUUCUUAAUUUCUGAUUGACUUUUCAGGCUUCCUAAAUUUAUAAACCUGGAAGCUAGGGUCACUUAAUCCCAGUGUAAUUUACCAUCCACCACCACCAACUGUUGACUAGUACUCUCAUACCGUGGAUUUUUUUUAAAGUAUAUACUUUUUAAAUGGAUGCCUCUGCCCCUUCUCUUUAAUAAUGCAAAUGUGAUGUAGGUAACUUGCUGAGAUUUUCCAUCAUUUGAACCAACAGGAAAAGCUUGAGUUCUCUGUUGAAAAAACACCGCCAAGCAGGAGCAGCCAAAACAUCACACUGCCACCUGAAAUUGGUUUGGGGUUGUAACUGACUUGAAAGCCUAUCAGCAUCUUUGAAUCAGACAGUAGAUGUGGCUGUCAUUUUUAAUGACAGUAGGAAGUACGUUGGUUCCCAUCACCUGUCAAGUGGCCACCAGGAUCCUUUUUUCCCAGGGCCAGCCGCAGACUCCCGCGCCCAAUGGCUGCGGUGAGCUGAGCGGUGGACCUCCACCCCCCACCACCCCAGCAACCCUUUCUCAGGGGGCUGGAAGUGUGGGCCUCGCUCCGGAGAGGAGAGGUGGAGCUGAGAGCAGCGCCUUCUCCGGGGAAGGAGGCGGGAGCUCGUCUGGGAAAGCUUUCCUAGGGAGUUGCCUUAAAGAAAGAAAGCGGAAUUACUGAUCACUUCACUUGCCUGCUUUUUAAGUACAGUUUUAAGCACUAGUUUCUAUUCGCUUCCCUUCUGCAAAACUGCAAAUUACCACCAGCCUCACACCGAAAAACGGGGUGGGGGGGGGGAAGGAGAGCAAAUCUCAUUCUCCUUUCUCACCCUCCCUUUCCUCUCACCCUCCCUUCCUCUCCAGCUCGCUCUCUCUACCUCCCUCCCUCCCUUCUCUGGCGGCAGCCGUUCGUCUCUCCGACUGUGUGUCUCUUCGACGGGACUUAGCAACUUCUUGGUUAUUUCUCAGCCCCUUUUCCAUUUUUUCCACCCUUUACCAUGAACUGGACCGACAAACGCAGGGAAGGCUUUGCUUUCUGCCCCUGGGAAUGGCGGUUCGCUUCCUGGGGCCGUGCGGGGGAGGAUCGGCCGAGGAGAAAGAAAGAGUGAUAGAGAAAGAGCUGCAGGAAGGAAGAGAAGGGGGGACCUCCAUCUGCCGCGGGCCGGGCGCGCAGCAGCGCCGAGCGGAGCUGCGCCGGAGAUGGCCCCGAGCUCGCCCUGUACCCCUGGCUCCUCCAGCGUCUGCUGCCCCGGUGCGCCCGACGCUUCGGGCAAUUUUUAAAAUUCUGAAGUAGGAAGAGACCCUGAAGGAUAUCAGUCGGGGUGGAGGUGGAGCAGAGAAUUUGAAAAGCAUUUCAGACAGCAAGGGAGGAAGUCUUGUUUCUGCUGGUGCUAGCUCUUAACUUGAAGGCGUCUCUUUGGAGCAUCUAGUCUUCUCCAGGAGUUAUUCGAAAGCGGAAACUUUUAGUGGCUCGUGGGCCUAGGGAGAAGGAGGGAAUCCGAGGCUGGGACUGGGAAGAGAGAGGGAGUGUGUGUGUGUGCGUACCCCGGGGUGGGGGCGUUGGGAAGUCCGUGAAGGGGGCACACCAUGGCAGUGACUGACCAGGCCGCCCGAAUCAAUGACAGGCUAGGCCACGGUGGGGUGAGGGAAGCCCCCGCGGCGGGCCCGGACUGCCCGAGUUGCGCGGGCCGCGCAUCGCCGCGGGACUCCAGCUGCAGCGGCUGCUGGGGAGAUCUGCUUCUGCAGCCGUUCCGGCGCUCCGGGAAACUUUCCUCGGCGCUGUGCGCGGGCUCCCUGUCCUUCCUGCUGGCGCUCCUGGUGAGGCUGGUCCGCGGGGAGAUCGGCUGUGACCUGAAGCAGAGUAAGGAGGCGGCGGAGGAGGAGGAGGAGGAAGCGGCCCCGGGAGCAGAAGGGGGCGUCUUCCCGGGGCCUCGGGGAGGUGCUCCCGGGGGCGGCGCGCAGCUCAGCCCCUGGCUGCAGCCCUCAGCGCUGCUCUUCAGUCUCCUGUGUGCCUUCUUCUGGAUGGGCUUGUACCUCCUGCGCGCCGGGGUGCGCCUGCCUCUGGCGGUUGCGCUGCUGGCCGCCUGCUGCGUGGGGGAAGCGCUGGUUCAGAUUGGGCUGGGCGUCGGGGACGAUCAUUUACUCUCGCUCCCAGCGGCGGGAGUGGUGCUCAGCUGCUUGGCCGCCGCGACAUGGCUGGUGCUGAGGCUGAGGCUGUGCGUCCUCAUGAUCGCCUUGACUAGCGCGGUCAGGACCGUGUCCCUCAUUUCCUUAGAGAGGUUCCAGGUCGCCUGGAGACCUUACCUGGCGUACUUGGCCGGCGUGCUGGGGAUCCUCCUGGCCAGGUACGUGGAGCAAAUCUUGCCGCAGUCCGCGCGGGCGGCCACAAGGGAGCAUUUUGGGUCCCAGCUGAUUGCUGGGACCAAGGAAGAUACCCCGGUGUUUAAAAGGAGGAGGCGGUCUAGCUCCGUGGUGUCCGCCGAGAUGUCAGGGUGCAGCAGCAAGUCCCACCGGAGGACCUCCCUGCCUUGCAUACCGAGGGAACAGCUCCUGGGGCAUUCAGAAUGGGACCACAAACGAGGGCCCCGGGGAUCACAGUCUUCAGGAACCAGCAUUACUGUGGAUAUUGCCGUGAUGGGCGAGGCUCACGGCCUCAUUACCGACCUCCUGGCAGACCCUUCUCUGCCGCCCAAUGUGUGCACGUCCUUGAGGGCAGUGAGCAACCUGCUCAGCACUCAGCUCACCUUCCAGGCCAUUCACAAGCCCAGAGUGAAUCCUGUCGUUUCCUUCAGUGAAAACUACACCUGCUCUGAUUCUGAAGAAAGCUCCGAAAAAGACAAGCUGGCUAUUCCCAAGCGCCUGAGAAGAAGUUUGCCCCCGGGUCUGCUGAGACGGGUUUCCUCGACUUGGACCACCACCACCUCCGCCACAGGUCUCCCCACUUUGGAGCCUGCCCCAGUGCGGAGGGAUCGCAGCGCCAGCAUCAAACCGCAUGAAGCACCUUCAUCCAGUGCCGUUAAUACUGAUUCGUGGAAUAACCCCGUGAUGAUGACCCUCACCAAAAGCAGAUCCUUCACUUCAUCCUAUGCUGUUUCUGCAGCUAACUAUGUAAAGGCUAAAAAGUCAAAUCGACCAGGUGCCCUCGCUAAAAUUUCACCUCUUUCAUCCCCCUGUUCUUCACCUCUCCAAGGGACUCCGGCCAGCAGUCCGGUCAGCAAAAUUUCUGCAGUGCAGUUCCCAGAAUCGGCCGACACAACUGCUAAACAAGGCCUAGGUUCUCACAGGGCCUUAAGUUAUACUCAGAGUGCCCCUGACCUCUCGCCUCAGAUACUGACUCCACCUGUUAUAUGUAGCAGCUGCGGCAGGCCAUAUUCCCAGAGGAACGCUGCUGAUGGGCCCCUGGAGAGAAGCGGUGCCGCCAUUCGGACACCCGGCAGAGGGGAUGACACUGCUCAAGUUACCUCUGAUUAUGAAACCAAUAACAACAGUGAUAGCAGUGAUAUCGUACAGAAUGAAGAUGAGACUGAGUGCUCAAGAGAGCCUCUGAGGAAAGCGUCGGCUUGUAGCACCUACACACCUGAGACCAUGAUGUUCCUGGACAAACCAAUUCUUGCUCCUGAACCUCUUGUCAUGGGCAACUUGGACUCAAUUAUGGAGAAGUUAAAUACUUGGAAUUUUCCAAUUUUUGAUUUGGUGGAAAAAAUAGGAAGAAAAUGUGGCCGUAUUCUUAGUCAAGUAUCAUACAGACUUUUUGAAGACAUGGGCCUCUUUGAAGCUUUUAAAAUUCCAGUUAAGGAAUUUAUGAAUUACUUUCAUGCUUUGGAGAUUGGAUACAGGGAAAUUCCUUACCAUAACAGAAUCCAUGCCACUGACGUCUUACAUGCUGUUUGGUAUCUUACUACACAGCCUAUCCCAGGCCUCUCCACUGUGAUUAAUGAUCAUGGAUCAGCAAGUGAUUCAGAUUCUGACAGUGGAUUUACACAUGGACAUAUGGGAUAUGUAUUCUCAAAAAUGUAUAAUGUGCCAGAUGAUAAAUACGGAUGUCUGUCGGGAAAUAUCCCUGCCUUAGAAUUGAUGGCACUGUAUGUGGCUGCAGCCAUGCAUGACUACGAUCACCCAGGAAGGACUAAUGCAUUCCUGGUUGCAACUAGUGCUCCUCAGGCGGUGCUCUAUAAUGAUCGCUCAGUUUUGGAGAAUCAUCACGCAGCAGCUGCAUGGAGUCUUUUCAUGUCCCGGCCAGAGUAUAACUUCUUAGUUAACCUUGACCAUGUGGAAUUUAAGCAUUUUCGUUUUCUUGUCAUUGAAGCAAUUUUGGCCACUGACUUGAAGAAACACUUUGACUUCGUGGCCAAAUUUAAUGCCAAGGUGAAUGAUGAUGUUGGAAUAGAUUGGACCAAUGAAAAUGAUCGUCUACUGGUUUGUCAAAUGUGUAUAAAGUUGGCUGAUAUCAAUGGGCCAGCUAAAUGUAAAGAGCUUCAUCUUCAGUGGACAGAGGGUAUUGUCAAUGAAUUUUAUGAACAGGGUGAUGAAGAGGCCAGCCUUGGAUUACCAAUAAGCCCCUUCAUGGACCGCUCUGCUCCUCAGUUGGCCAAUCUUCAGGAAUCCUUUAUCUCUCACAUUGUGGGUCCCCUCUGCAACUCCUAUGAUUCAGCAGGACUGAUGCCAGGGAAAUGGGUGGAAGACAGUGAUGAGUCAGGAGAUACCGAUGACCCAGAAGAAGAAGAGGAGGAGGAAGAAGAUGCACCAAAUGAAGAGGAAACCUGUGAAAAUAAUGAAUCUCCAGGAAAGAAAACUUUCAAAAGGAGGAAAAUCUACUGCCAAAUAACUCAGCACCUCCUACAGAACCACCAGAUGUGGAAGAAAGUCAUUGAAGAGGAGCAGCGGUUGGCAGGCAUCGAAAAUCAGUCCCUGGACCAGUCUCCCCAGCAGCAUUGCUCAGAACAGAUCCAGGCCAUCAGGGAAGAAGAGGAAGAAAAAGGGAAGCCAAGAGGAGAGGAGAGCCUAACCCCAAACCAGUGACAACGGAUCGAAUGAGCUGUGUUUCCAAACCAAGUGACUUGUCGCAGACUCUUCAAGCCAGCACAACACUUAGACACAACACUGUAGAAAUACAAGAAGAUGGGCAAAUGGCUAUUGCAUUUUGGGAUUCUUCGCAUUUUAUGUGUUUAUUUUUACAGUGAGGUACAUGGUUAAAAACUCUUUGCUCAGAGAAGCUUUCACAUUGCAACACCAGCUUGUAAGGAUUUUUUUUUUUUAAGGAAGAAAUAUAUUUGUGUGUGUGUAUAUAUAAGCUCUCACAUAGAUACAUGUAAAACAUUUUCACACACACACAUACACACUGAAAGCCAGGAUUACUGGCUCCACAAUUUAGUAGCAUUGAUAGUAAGAUAUAUAGUGGUCACUGUGAUAUAAUAAAUCAUAAAGGAAAAGUAAAGGAAAACAAAGUAAAUGGUGCAGCUUAGCAGGGGAGCAGUGCAGCAAAUGUAGGCUACAACUAAGAAGCUUUUGCUCUUAGUACUGAGGGAUAAAAGUUCCAGAGAAUUAUUUGAAUUCUUAUACAUCCUGCCAACAUUGUGUGUGUGUGUGUGUGUGUGUGUGUGUGUAUGAGAGAGAAAUAGGAUUGAAAGGGUGCUUGUGUGUAUGUAUGUUUGCGUGUACGUAAAGAGAGAUUUUUGCGGUUAGUAGUUGGUAGAAUUCCAGCAGCAGAUGACUCAGCACAUGUGAACAAACAGAAGGAAGUUUACUCUGGAGUGUCUUAGAGAGGCAGCCAUUCCAAAAGCCUUCCUCCAUUUAGUUUCAAUAAACGUCUCUGCAGAGGGAGGGUAUUCACGGGCUUGGUGAAAGGGCCACGUGAUUGGUACUACUGCUACACACCACUUGGAGGCGCUCUAUCACCAGCCUUCAACCUGGAAGACAGACAUUUUCCAAUCUACUCGCCUCGUGAAUGUAUAGGAACUGUUGGUCUCUGAGCAUGUCUGUCUGUCACUCAGCCUAGAUCCAAUCACCAUUUAAGGGAAUGGCAUUCUUUAUUCAUAAACACCUAAGAAGUAGCUGGAGUCGGGUCUUUUAAUCAGGUUAGAACUCUAAAAGCUUUCCAGAGAAAAUGUGGGAAAUUGUCUUAAGAGUGAUCUUCCGUGUCUUAACUUGCUGCAAAAUGUGUGUGGUAGUAAAAGAAAAAAGACAGAAAUGCAAACAGAAGCCCACUACAGGAUACAUAAGCGAGAGAUGAAGGGGAAAUUUUCAACUUGGGAUUUGGUGUUUGUUGAUGUAAGGAAAGCCUGAUUCUUGGCAACUGUUGAAGAUUGGCUUUGGGUGGCAAAGGUCCCGCUGACCAGCCCUGUUGUGGGAUUCCACAUGCUGUGUGAGAGGGGUAGCUUCUGUCUGCAAUCUGGCCUAAUGUCAUGCUUCUCUUGGCAGGGAAGAUUAUAGAAGGAUUUGGGGGGACUGGGCCUAUUAUUGAAAGUCUUUUUUUAUUUUAUUUUAUUUUUUUGGUUUGUUUGUUUAUCUACACUUGUUUAUGCUGUGAGCCAAACCUCUAUUUAAAGUGUUGAUACUCACUUUCAAUAUUUUAUUUCAUAUUAUUAUAUUUGUCAUGAAUAGUUAUCUUGAUGUAAAUAUAAAGAUUUUUUUUUGUUUCUGUAGAUAGUAAGCUUUUUUUAAAAAAGGGGGAAUGAAACAUUUUUAUAAAGUUAUAUUUUAAUCACCAUUUUUAUACAUUGAAGCUAUCUCCAAGCCCAGUAAGAGAGUGAUGAUUCAUUUGCAUUAGAGGUCUAUGGACAGCCAUUUAUCUACCUAUUCUAAUAUAUAUGAUAAUCUAAUACAGUUAUUUUGUGCCAAUUAAAUGAGGAUGCUGCAACGAAUGUUUUUCACUAGUAACUUUUCCUAAAUUUUGGGUAACUUUUGGGUCCAUGACUCCCAAGUGAAAGACUUUUUUAACCCACACUGAAUGCUUAUCUUUGGUGUCUAUUUCUUCCCAACACUUUUUGGUGAUAACUCUUCCUUCAGUACUCUAUACUCUAUGCUCAUCAUCUAAACAAUCUUAGCUUCUAAGUAAACCUUAAUUGUGAUUUCUACUUUUUAUUUCCUCUGAAGUCACAGAAGAGUGUUUACACUAAAAAUGCCUUUGUUUCUCAUAAAUGGUUAUUUUUUCCCUUCCAAACCAAUGCAUUUACAAUACUCUGUGGCAUUUUCAAAUAAGGCAAAGAUAAUACAAUCAGAAGUAAACAUGGUUUCAAGGCAAAUUUCCCAAUAAGUAGGAAAAUAUGGAAAGGAUCAAAUUGAUACAGACUCUACCUAAAUAGUGAGAAGAGUUGCAUAUUUUUUGAGUUAACACCAGGUCUUCAUUAUCUAGGACUACUGCAUGUUUUUCCAUUUUCUUUGUAUUACCUGUGUGUCUCUAUGUUUGCAAAAGUUACUGUGAGUCAAAUACAUUUCCCCAAUGAACUUAACUCUUCUCCUUCCCUUGCAAAUAAGAGAAGAAAAAACAAAAAAACAAAACAAAACAAAACAAAAAAACACAGGAGUUAUUCUCACAUGCCCCUUGUAUCUAAUUCCUUAACAAAUCUAAUCUUUUCCCCUUCUCCAAAAGCCAUACAUCUCUAAAAUAGAUAUAAGUCAAGGAAACAUUCAGGUUGGAGUAAACAGGCUGUCAGGAGAACAGUUGUGAGUCUAUAACUAUGCAUUGGCUGCUGCAUCCAGGUUGCAUGGCCCCAAGUAGGGCUGGCCUGGCUGCCAGAGCAGAGGUCUUAGCAAACUGCCUGGUUUCGUUUUUUGUUUUGUUUUGAAGUGCAUGACGUAACGAUGGCCAAAGCAGAACCUCUUCAUUCCGUAAUUCUGUUCAUCAGUCUAGGAAAAUUGAUCAUUUUUUUCUAAAAAAUAAGUUUCCAGUAUAUUAAAGAUAGAAGUCAUUUGAAAUAAAGGAAUGGAGGUUCAUUAAGUAUGUGACUUUCAUACACACCCAGUACAUCCCGAAGGAUACUUAGGGACGUAAAAAGAUUGUUUUUGCUAAUGAAGUUCUCUGCCUCCUUGGCGACAGCAAUAUUACCGUGUUCACUUCCAGCUCCAGAGCUUAAUUCCUUAAAAGUGUAUUUGUUGCAAUUGCCCACAUUUUUAUAUGAGUCUAUUUAUAGGUGCCAUUAGAUAAACUCAGGUCUUUCAAAUGAAGGAAUUUCUAGCCCCGUUAGAGAAAAGGGUAAUUGUAUUGAUAGCCAUAAAACCAAUGGUAGGAAAAGCUGGAAAUGGUAACGUUGAUGCUAGUGGUUGUGCUCUGUUAAGGAGAAGACCAGGUAUGCCAUGAGUGUUAUCCAUGUCAUUUCCAGCGUGCUGAUAGAAUGUCUUUCCAGUUAUCAAAGCCAACCUUUAGAAUAUUUUUUUCCUUGGUGAAAACACCACUUUAGUGUUUUGUUUUUGGUUUUGGUUUUUUUUUCUUAAAUAUAAAAGUUUAUUUUUGUCAUUUGUAUAAGACCUGGUUUUGCUCUCAUUAGAAGAUGAAUACAGUUGCUCUGUAAAGAAAUAUACCUAUAUUGGUCUUCAUCUGAUAAGGAAUUUCCUUAUAUUAUGUUUAAGAAAAUACUUCCUAAAAGCAGAAUUCCCAGUUCUGCCUGUUCCACUUUGAUGGGAUGCCAGAACAAAUCCUAAUCCCACUAAAACUAAAGAAAAGGGAUUGCAUCUCAUGCAGAAUGUUCAUAGUGCAUAUAUGUGUUGCGAUUUCCUCAUGUCCCCUGCCUCUCUUGGUUUGCCAUUUCCCGAUGUCCCUGUCGCUUUCCCAGAGAAAUUUUUUUGAAAGUAAAAGCUGUGCACAAGGCAUGAGACUCAGGCCUAUACUUUGUUUAAAUGAUGGAAAAAAUAUAAAUUAUUUUCUAAGUAAUAAAGAUAUGAAAAUUAUAAUUGUAAAUAAAGUCUAAAGUUUGAAAUGACUGCUUUCCAAAAGUGAACUAUUUGUGUGACGAACAACACCUCACUGAGAAGAGGAUAAAUAUCACUUCUGUUCUACUCUGGGAGGUCUUUUUGGUGCUUCUAUGUCAAUAUGGGGAUCUCCACUGUCCUUGUCAUUUUCAAUAUUUCUAAAAUUAUAAUGAAAACCACAAUGAGGGUCUUAUCGUUUUUCUAUCUUAAUCCUGAUUCCCAUUUAAUGCCUUUUCUUGUUUAUAUGCCAUUUUGGAAAUAAACUGCCUUUUAAACUGACAAGGCUCCAGCAAAACAAAGUUCUGUAAACUCUCACAGUCUAGAGUAAAUCAAAAUUAUCCUAUUCUAGAGAUUAUCACUAAUGUGUGUGGGGAAAAAAAAAUCAAUAAAAUUUCAAAUGCUAAUAGCUCAAUUCAAGAUAAUUGAGAGCUAAAGUAGCUAUACUUUGAAACCAAACUGAGUUUCUUUAAUUCACCUUAUCUCCCAACAGGUGGGAAAAUAUGACCUUGUUCUAAGUCAUUCAUUUUUCUCAUGAUUCCUCCAUGAAGUAAAAUUAUGAACUUCUUGAUAUUGUCAGUCCAUUUUUCUGAGUUGGUCAACAAUGUGCAACUUUAAAUUAGGACACAGGUUAGCCAUUUUAGGUGAAGAGCAUUCCAUAAUUAAAUUAUUCUUAGAAUUUCUAAUCGGAGGGAAGUAUACCAGUUUUAGGUCUUAUAUUCAUAUCAGUUUGUUCCUCUAGAAAAUAUUCAAAUUCUAACUAGAAAUAUAAUUGGGGUGAAUUAAUUAAACUUAAGUACUGAGUAAAUUAAACUAUAAGCCAUGUGUUAAAGAUCUUAAAUUAAGGUUUCCAUAAUCAUUUGUAUAUUUCACACUAAUGAACUGUGUCAGAGAAUAACACAAACAUUUUUCAGUCUAUUAUGUACCAUGGAUGUUAGGCAAUUUUUGCUAUUACCUAACACAUUUCAAUUGUUAAAAUGAUGCUAGUUUUAUCUUUUUUGUGUGUGCUUUUACAUUACCUGAACUAAUCUUUAUGUUCAGACUAUCAAGUCAUUCUAACAGGUGAACAGUGGUGACAAAAAGUAAUAGGGCUUUUUGUUGUUCAAAUGUUUGAAGAUACAAAGCUAAAGAUUAAGGCUUUGUUUUGUUGUUGGAACUCAAUAUUAACCUGCUGACUUAAAAAGACUGUUCGAGUAUAAAUUGCUUUAGUGUAGAUAAGACUAAAAACUAUAUGAAAGGAUUGCUUUCCAAAAGUGAAUUAUUUAUGUGACAAAUAAUAAUGUAUAGAUGGAAAACAAAUUGGCUUCUGACAUAUGAUUAAGGCUCUAAAAAGAAUCUAAAUUCUCCUCCAUCUUAUACUAAUAAGGUUGAUUACUUUGACAGAUGUUGGUUUCCGUGGAUUUCUGCUUCUCUGAGGAGUUGUGGAAAACAGAAGAAAAGGCAAGCCUCCUCCUACUGAUAAGUACUGGACAUGUCUAUAUUCAGAGAGAUUUCCUCAUUGCUUCAUAUCAAGAAGGUGUUUUUUAAUCAUGCAAAUAAUUCAAUCAAAAAUUCUUAACAGAUAGUAAUAUUUAUCAUCAUAUGUAAGUACUAUUAAGAAUAUUUAAAAUUGAUUUAUUUUUUGAACCAAGCUUUUACCAAGCUUUUAAUUUUUUUAUUAUUUAAUUAAAAUGAAGUCCACAAAAUGACAUUCCAUGGUAUAGAGAUGCUAAAUAUUUUGAUAUAAUCAGAACUAGUAUUAUGUAACAAAACUGGAAAGAAGAAUAUUUACUUCUUUUUCUAAUGUCCUUCAUGCCUCAGCAAUGAAAAUGUUUAGUGAAAGUUUCAAUAAAUACAUGAGAUAGAGAAAAAUAAAUUUAUUCCCAAUAAUUGAAUCAGAUUAAGUGUACAAAUUAUAGUCUGAGUUCUUCUGAGUUACCCCAAGAAAAAGGAAUGUACUAUCCAACAAUUUAUCAUGUUUUAGGUUGUUUUAAAAUAAAUGGUCUAUUAAUGUAGAUUAUAUUUUACUAAAUUCUAAUGCAAUUGAAAACCUAAAUACUUAUCUUAAUUAUUAAGAAAUAUUAAACCUUAUUAAUCUUGAUUUUCACAGAUGAAACACUGACCAGUCAAUAAACCACACCCACUGCAUUCAUCUCCUAAGAGUGAUUAAGUGGUAGGUUGGAAUUUGAAAUUUAUAAAUAGAAAUUCAUCAAAAUAUAUUUUUAAAGCUUUAAUGCUUUAACUAAAUUUUGUGUCAGUAGAAAUACCUAUUUCAAAUGAAACAAAGUACAGCAUGGAAUUUUUCCUGUCCUCUUAAAAAAGAAAAAAAAGCAUGGCUUCUCCUUCAUUUUAUUUCUGUAGCUCAAGGUUAAUAAAGGAAAAAUAAUCAGAUACCCUCCUCUACCAUAAUAGAUUGCUGUUCACCUUAAGUUCUAAUUGGGCACACCUAGUUUCAUUGUGUAGCUCAUGGUACUAAAAAGCAAAAACAAACAAACAAAAACCAAAAAAACAGCUGUUGAUUGGGAGUGAACACUACAUAAAACUUCAAGGCUCAUCCCAGGACCGCGCCAUUUUAAGAGAAUUCAGUUAUCAGUUACGCUGGAGUAAAGGGACGUAAUGAAUUCAUAAUUCAACCCUGACUUUCUUUAUUACGAUCAGCACUCGCACAUGUUUCAGAAUCUGAAUUAGCUCUUGGAGCUUGGAAACUGCUGCUUGAAUAUCUUUGGAAGAGAAAGUUUUAUUUUGUUGCUGUUAAUUCUAGUGAUUUUACUAGAGCUAGAAAACGAUUCACAUGGUUCAAAGUGAAAUUAAAAGUAAGUGUUUAAAGAUGUUUUCUUUCUGUAUAUAAUUUGUUGGCUGAUAGAAUUUCCCAAUUUCCCAUUACCUUUCUUUUAAAAAUUAACUGAUUAUUUUUAUGACUCAGAAAGCCUAUAUGAUAACAGAUACUUUGUUUUAAUUAUUUAUAAGCAUAACCCAGUACUAUAGUGUUACUAUCUUUAAAUAAUAACCCUAACAUAUCUAUAUAUAUAUAAUAUUACCUGUUAGUGGGAUUUAAAUGGCUUAAACUUUAGUAUAUAUUUGUUCAUUAGUUUAAAAAUCACUAUUUUUAAUACUCUGUACAAUAUUUGCAUGGGAUUUUUGCUGUAUUAUGUUUGCUUAACUGUGUUUUUUUUUUCCAUUUAUGAGUGUAGUUUAUUUCUUAGUAUAUAUCCACAGAAGAACUCAUACCAUUUUCAUUCCAACAAGGACAGUUUGUUAGUUGACAAGCACUGGAAAUAAAUAUCACUGAACCCGCCCAUCCCCUGUUAUUUCUUCCCAGAGAUUUUUAUCAUGCAAGUUAUAAAAUAAAAAUUGGUGCUUUUAUAAAAUUCUGAAACUCUCAUUGCAAAAUAAUGAAAAUGAAAUUCUGCCUGGUUUUCUAUAAUGAUGUGUAACUGAAAGAACUUUAAUUGGAAUUCAGAGUGUUUUUCGUUUUGGUCAGUUUGGUUAAUUUGAUUCAGUGUUUGAUGUUAAAAUGUGUUGAUUCCUGAUGGGGCAAGUUGUUCUGAUCAGUUGUUAUCUCUUCCUGACAUAAAACUGUCUUUGGAAAGUUAAAGUCAACAUGUCUCAAAUAUUUGACUGUGCAGGAUAUUUGUAAACCAGAGUGUAUUGGAUUAACUUAAUUUAGUAUUUCUAAAAAGCAAUAUUUUCAAAUAACUGCCAACCAAAGUAACAGUGUAGGAGGGAUGUCAUUUGUAUAUGAUAAUGUAAUUCUUACCACUCUCAACAACUGAAUAUGUUUAUUAAUAACUUUCAAAUUUAUCAAUUUUUAAAAACCCAAGAGUGAGACAUUGGACUUAAGUGAUCAUUUUGCAAUUGAAAAAUAAAUCUCUCCUCUCACUUGUGUCUUGCACUUAAUAUAUGUAGCAAUACUUUGUAUCAUCCUAUCACAAGCAUUUGUUAAGUGACUUAGUUAAUGGCUGAUAAAUGUUUUGUAAAAAGUAGAAUCUGUACAGAAAAAAUAUUAGAUAAAUUGUAUUUAUUUUUAUUAUUUUUUGGCUUAGACACUAUAAUGAUGCUCCUUUUUUGCCAGAUUUACUGGAAGUGCCUCUUGGUUUUAUAUAUGUAUUAAUAUUACAUAAAUACAUACUCGAAGAUUAUUAGCCUUGUGUCACAGAUGAUGCGAUGUGGAUAUUACAAUGUGAAGAUAAUGUAUAAUAUAAAUAUAAUUCUGUGGUAUCA